AUGAAUAAAAACAUUCUAGCUUGGAAUUGCAGAGGUGCAGGAGGAAAGGAGGUGAAGAGGGAUCUGAGAAUGAUGAUUAAGAUGAAGAGACCAGAGAUUGUCAGUAUCAUGGAAACUAGAGUACCUGCGAGAAAUGCCCAAAAUUUCUUUCGAAGCUUAGGGUUUAUGGACGUGGAAGCCAUUGAGGGGAUAGGAUUUGCAGGAGGAAUUUGGGUGGCCUGGAACAAGUCAAGGGUCAGUCUAACGUGUUUAGAAAAAAGACAGCAAUAUGGAUUGUUUCGAAUCCAGUUUGAUGGGGAGGAGCCAUGGCAUAUUGUCUUUGCUUAUGUGGCUCCAAGAGACAGAGAGAAAGAAGAUUUCUGGAGGAAUAUGGAGAGAAUAGCAAAGGAGUGUAAUGGGCCUUGGAUGGUGUUGGGAGAUUUCAAUGACAUUAGAGGAGCUCAUGAGAAAAAAGGGGGAGCUCCUAUCAACUCUAGAAGAUGUGAUACAUUUGAAGACAGAAUUAACAAAUGUGGGUUGUUAGAAGUAGCAUCUUGUGGUAACAGAUUCACUUGGAAAGGACCCUUGAUUCAUGGUUAUCAAAGGGUGUAUGAGCGCCUUGAUAGGGGUUUGUGCAGUGCUGAUUGGAAAAUUAAAUUUCCGGAGGCGAUUGUCAAAGUUUUGGCAAGACUGGGUUGUUCAGAUCAUCACCCUAUUCUUUUGAGCAUGGAAAGUCAAGGAAGGCUGGGGAAGAGCAGGAGUGGCUACAGACAGACUUGUAAUCUGCAGAGGACACUUAGCAAGUGGAACAAAGAGGUGUUUCUGAAUGUUCACUCAAAAAAGAAAAGGCUCCUUGCAAGAUUGGAAGGAAUUCAGAAUCAGAUUGCUGCAUCUGAUAGACAUUAUAUCCAUUUGUGUAAACUAGAACAAGAGAUACAAGGGGAGCUUAGAGAUGUUUUGAGACAGGAGGAAAUGCUUUGGUUUCAGAAGUCCAGAACCCUUUGGAUUAAUGAUGGUGACCGCAACACUAGAUACUACCAUCUAAAGACUGUUGCAAGAAGAAGGAGAAAUAAGAUUGCCAUGCUUAAAGAUGAGAAUGGGGAAUGGAUUGAGAAUCAAGAAGAGUUGAAAAGUUUGGCUCUGGAGUUCUAUAGGAACCUCUUUAGGGAGGAGGGGACAGGAGGGAAGCUUGAAGUAGGGGUGUCCUACCCUAGAAUCAGUGAAAGAAGUUGGGAUCAAUUGGAAAGGUCAGUGAAUUCAGAGGAGAUAAGAGAAGCAAUGUUUUCUAUUGGGGCUUUUAAAGCACCGGGGAUGGAUGGUUUUCCAGCAGUCUUUUUUCAGAAGGAGUGGCAUGUGGUUGAAGAAGAGGUGGUGACUUCCAUUAAGAAACUAUGGAAUGGAGAGCUAGAGAUGAAGGAAGUCAAUGAUACGUUGAUUGUCCUGAUUCCUAAAGUUGAUCGGCCUGAGAAUAUGAAGCAGCUUAGACCCAUUGCUCUAUGCAAUGUGUUAUAUAAGUGUAUCUCAAAGAUCCUGGUCAAGAGGCUUAAAGGAAUUUUGGGAAGGCUUGUAGCUCCAAAUCAAGUAAGUUUCGUGCCUGGUCGUCAUAUCCAGGACAAUAUUAUUGUGACUCAUGAGUUACUACAUUCUAUGAGAUCUAUGCGGGGUCGAAAGGGUUUCUUUGCUAUAAAAGUGGAUCUAGAGAAGGCUUAUGAUCGUGUGAGAUGGGGUUUCAUCCAGGAAGUCUUGGAGGAAAUGGGGAUGAAGGAGAAGUGUCGUGAUCUAUUAAUGAGAUGUAUUAAGUCUGUGGGAACACGGUUGCUUUGGAAUGGAGAAAAGACUGAGGCAUUUUUGCCCUCAAGAGGAAUUAGACAGGGGGAUCCCUUGUCCCCUUAUGUGUUUGUUCUAGUAAUGGAACGAUUGACUCACAUUAUCCAGGAAGCAGAGAGGAAGGGGGAAUGGAAAGCUAUCCGUAUUGGAAGAAGGGGACCAAGUGUUACACAUUUAAUGUUUGCUGAUGACCUUCUUCUUUUUGGGGAGGCAACACUACAGCAAAUUAAAGUAGUUAAAGACUGUUUGAGAAGGUUUGGUGAGGCUUCUGGGCAAAAGGUCAACUUUGCUAAGUCUGCCAUAUUGUUUUCUAAAAAUGUCUCUGCUAAUAAGAAGGAAAGUUUGGCCCGAGAGGCAGGUUUUAGGGUGACUGAGGAUUUAGGAAUACAUCUUGGAGUUCCUACUUAUUAUGGAAGGAACAAGACCAGAAGUUUUGGAGGAUUGGUGGAGAAAGUGAAACGAAGAUUGGGAGGUUGGAAGGUCAAUGUGUUAAGUAUGGCAGGGAGGGUCACGCUGGCAAAAUCUGUUAUUAGUGCUAUCCCCCUGUAUUCUAUGAUGGUGACGAAGAUUCCUACACAGAUCAUUGGCAGUAUUGAAAGGGCCCAAAGGGCAUUUAUUUGGGGCCACUCAAUGGAAGAGAGGAAAAUGCAUCUAAUCAACUGGGAAACGGUCCAAAAACCCAGAGACAGAGGAGGUUUAGGGGUCCUAAACUUGCAGCAUAUGAAUGAGGCUUGCUUGAUGAAGCUGGUGUGGAGAUUGAGGAGUGAGGGAAGUGGACUCUGGGCUGAUGUUCUUAGGUAUAAAUAUAAUAAAGGGAAGGCCUUUAACAGUACUGUUAAGGUGCAACGUAAUGCAUCUCCUGUUUGGAAAGACAUUGGAAGUGUGUGGGAAAAACUGAAUGAGGGAAUCUGGUGGGGUGUGGAGUCAGGAGAAAAUGUGAAUUUCUGGAGGGACGAAUGGGCAGGAAAAGGCGUCGUUUUAAUCAAUGAGCGACGCUGUGAAAUAGAGGGAGAGAAGCUAAAUUGGGUGGUAGCUGACCUAGUUAAAGAUGAUGGAUCCUGGGAUUGGUCUAUUCUGAAAGAUUUACUCUCUGAUCAAGCCUGUAUGAGGCUUCAAGCUCUUAGGCCACCGAUAAGGGGGGAUAAGGAAGAUCGCAUUUUUUGGGGGAAUGACAGUACUAAGUGCUAUAGUGUUCGCAGUGGGUACAGAUUACUCAGAGAUUGUCGACUGGGGGAGAAAGAAAAGAUUUGGGACUUGGUUUGGAAGUGGAAAGGGCCGGAACGGAUUAGAAAUUUUCUCUGGAUUCUGGCUAAUAAUAGUCUUCACACUAACAAUUUAAGGAAUAGGAGAUGGGGGGCAGUAGACGAAUGUGGAGUGUGUGCAAAGAGUGAAACUUCAAUUCAUGUGGUUAGGGAUUGUGAACUAGCUACAAGACUGUGGUUUGGGUUGAACAACAAAAUCAAACCAGGAUUUUUCAACAGCAGUACCAAAGAAUGGCUUGUAGAAAAUUUGAAAAGUAAAGAGGUGUGUAGUGGUGUACCUUGGGCAGUGAUUUUUGGAGUCGCUUGCUGGAGCUUAUGGAAACGGCGAAACCUUCGAGUCUUUGAACAGAGGACGGAAGAGGCGAAUCCUUGGCAGAUCUGGUCUUUUGCCAUGGAGGUGAUCAAAGCACGGGAGGCUGAUAAAGAAGUGAGGGGGUGUCGUGUAGAUGCUAAUGAGAAUAGGUGGAGUGUGCCGGAGAGAGGUUGGGUGAAGGUUAAUUCGGACGGAUCUAGUAGAGGAGACCCUGGCCCUGCUGGCUGCGGUGGUGUGCUGCGAGAUCAUGAGGGAGAAUGGAUUGUUGGAUUUGGCAAGGGCUUAGGUUGGUGUACAGCCUACGAAGCAGAGUGUUGGGGAGCUUUCCUGGGGUUGCAGUUGGCGCUAGAGAAAGGCUACCAGAGAAUUCACCUUGAGGUUGAUUCUGAGUGCUUAGUGAAGGCUUUGAGAGCGAAAACAAAGGAAGAUGAACCAAUUGAUGCUCACACUAGAAUGGUUAGAGAUGCUGCAGAUCGCUGUGUAAGGAUUCGGAUCUCGCAUACUCAAAGAACUAACAAUGGGUGCGCUGAUGCGAUGGCGAAAUGGAGUGCCAGCUGGGAUGGGUAUGAAGAAAGACGUCUUUUUUCGAAGCCCCCGUCAAUAGUGGAAGAGGUAUUCAAUGAAGAUAAGAUUGGGAGUAGGUGGCGUGAUGCUGGUUGA